GAGCUAUUUGACAAUCAGCACUGCUUUAAUGUCAAAAUAUACAAAGUGAUCUUAAGUAUAUAUUAAGCUUGGAGCAAAUUACCCAACACUGUCGGGAGGCUUGGCUUAAGCGCCAGUCGCUGGCGACGUGCCGCUGAAAUAAUUAAGUUGCCAAUUCCGGCAAGAGAAUAUCAACAGCGGUUCAGAGACAGCCAGCGAUAUAGAUAAAGAUGGAAAUGGAAAUAAAGAGGGAUAGUGGCUUACACUUGGUGGCAUAGAUUUUCAAUUAUCCUGUCAGCUUGCGCAGCAGGCGCUGCCUCUAAAGCAUUCCCCUGUAUUUCGUAUUUACUAAACGGGAACUCCGUAUUUUUUCAGCUCAGAAGUCAAAGCAUAAAGGACCAUUGGUCGCUGCCGUUGCACAAUGGAUGCGCAUUCAACAGCCGUUGCCAUCAUAGAUAUGGAACUGGAUUUUGACGAGGAUUUGAGUAGGGGUGUGGAUGAGCUCGGAGCCGAAGGCGACGCGUUCAAGGAAAAGUGUCAGGGUGGGGAUUUGCGUGCAAGGAUGCGACGUCUGCAGGCGGAUCAUGUGUGGAUCCGGCAGCAACUUAUGCACCUGCAACGCCGCUUGGUGACUCAGCAGCUGGACAGACAAAGACGCCUCUACGAGGGAAGGGAGCAGCUCCAGGGACUUUUGCGAAAGCUGCAGGUGAAAUACGGACGAAAUUGGGGACUGUAGGGAAAAUUCAGAAGACGUCACAAAACUGAUGUGACGAACGGUCCAAAACACAAUCAAUGUGGCAGGGUGGUAACUGAACUGCCUACACAAUUUGAGCAUGUUGAGGAAAUUUGAAUACACAAAGCUGAUGAAUUGAAUUUUUCAUGAUGUUCUUAAAUUCGGUUGGGUUAAGCAAAUACAUCCUGAAUUGAGCUGAAUAAUUUAUGGGUGAAUGUUUGUAUGACGAGAAUGUAAUUGAAAUUUAAAAAAUUUUGCAUAAGAUACUUAAGCGUGUUGAAAUGUUGGAUUUCCCUCUCAACGCUUCAAAGACAUAUUUUUUUAUUUA